AUGUUUGAUGUUCCUCAGGAUAUACCAUUACCUCCUCAACCUAAACCUAGGAAAAGAAAAGCAUCUGUUUCGAUUGCUUCACGUGAAUCUGAGGAAAGCGACGAGGAAGGAGAAGUGGUUAUUGUGGAAAGGAAUGAUGUGCACGAUUCCUCAGCUAGUCCCGCAAUGAUUGACCCUCCAGAUGAUCUAGAUGACGGCAGUGAUUCUUCUUCAUCUUUAGUCCUUGACGAGCAACUUCCUCAAAGAUCUUCCCGGGUAAGACGGCCACCGCAGAGAUAUCAGGAUUAUGUCAUGUCUCAGUCUGUAACUACGAAGACUUGUCCACCAUCAGUUCUGGCUCUAAUAUUGUCUGAUGAAUUUCUUGAGUUACCUUUGGACAGACGUAAAUCUAUUAGUCAGUUUUUGAAGAAAGAGUUUGAAUUUUAA